AUGGGACCUUUAUCUAGUGCCGCUAAUGCUUACCCUCAGGCAUUUGCUUAUAUCCCUCCAGAUGAGUAUGUUCCUAUGUCUGGAUACCGCCCUGACAACAAGGAUGAUUCAAUUGUCACGCAUCAACCUGUGACCAACUGUUCACUUGUGCAUAACCCGACUCUACUGAAAGGAUGGGUGCAUGCCAUAUGGUCGCUUUUACCUACAAAUGGGCUCGGGCCCUGCCCAAGAUCCUCCCAUUUUGAAGCAUACGAUGCAGAACACGAAAUUCUUUACAUCGGAUACGGCCUUAACAAAGAGAAUCAGCCAUUAAAUGAUAUAUGGAAGUAUGAUUUCCAUGUUAAGUCCUGGGCUCAGCUACCCGUAAACGGAUUUGAUAUCAUGCCACGUUCUGGUUCAAGAGCUACGCUUAUGAAGAACUACUUAGUCAUUUUUGGCGGAUAUAAUACAGGAACAAAGGAAUAUAUCGCCGAUUUACACAUAAUUAAUCUCGAUACUUACGAAAUCCUUCGCCCAGAGUUCAGUGGACCAGUCCCAGCUCCUCGUUCAUCACCGCUUGUUACAUCAUACGAGGACAAGAUUAUAAUCUGGGGUGGCUAUAAUGGAAAAUUCUUAUCCGAGCUGAACAUCCUCAAUACAACAGAAAAGACAUGGUCAUUCAUCGAAAAAGAUGUUAAGGGACGUACAGGAUUCCCACAUGUCCAAGACGGAAAAAUGAUUUACAUUCAAGGCGGAGCCACAGAUGAAAAUGCCGUUUUGAUGACAUUAGAUCUCGAAACAUUGGAAAUAGGAGGCUUUAUGCCAAAAGGACAGCCUGUAAACUCCAAAUUAAUCGGUUCCUCAAUGGUGAAGACAGGACCUGUCUUACUUCUCAUCGGAGGAAGGUCCAACGCACAAUACACACACGUUUACGCUUAUCAUCUCGAGCGCCAGACUUGGAUGUACUUCCAUAUCGCUCCAGAUGGUGAAACUGUUUCCACAGUUGAUGGAGAUGUUGAUGACAAUGGCCUGUUCAUGUUGCCAAGAACACAAAAUACAUCUCUUGUUUACAGAGAAGAAGAGCGCUCUGUCUUCGGAUUCCUUGGUGCUCCUUUAAUGGAUCCACCAAUGAUCCAUAAACUGUGCGUCGGACCAUCACUUGCAGUUAUCAACUUACAAGAUGAUAUGUUGAGAAUGAUUUGA